CCAAUGAGCGCAGGCGAGGAAGCGGAAUCCGCUGCUAACACGCAAUCGGUGCAGAGCCGCACGCGCCAGGCGUGUUUCUAUUGCGAGCACCGGUUCAGAAUUAAGAGAAAUGUGCGAGUCGGAUGAAGAUAAUGCGAUCACGGUUACGUGCACAGACUAAUGCGAAUUAAUGGGCGAGUAAACGCCCUGUGAAAAACACACCCCGAUCUGUUCUGGAGGAUUAAGGAGCGGUUGGGAGCUGCGGGCUCAUACUGCACGAGUGAUCAGGAUGACUAAAACGCCCGGCAGCGCUGCUCCAUGUCCGGAUGUUGCAGAUAUGAUCCACAGCUUUCACUGGUCGACUCUUUCAGCGCUACACCCCGAGCAGCAGAGCCGUGUUUUUUCUGUGCGAGCUGCUCCUCCUGAACUGGUUGUGACCUGUGAUCCGUGCGUGGCCCAGACCGAGAAGCUCGAUCAGCCCAAACCUAGCGGACUUUCCUGCGGCUCGCAGCCCGACGAGGAGUCGCUGUGCUCAGACAGCGGCUUUGGCGGCUCCCCCGCCUUCUCACUCGGGCUCAGGAAGCUCUCAGACUGCUCCUCUGUGGGCCUCUCUCCCACCUCCAGCUUUGAGGAGUACGAGGAGGAGUUCAGUGAGGGGAGAAACGCGGAGAAGAAUAAAACCAUGGUGAACUGGUCUCCUUUUGUGGUUCCUUUACAGAAGCGCUCUCCGUGGGUGCAAGUGGUUGGCCAUGCAGGUAAUUUUCAGACAAGCUGUGAUGGGAAGCUGCUGAAGAAGUACUGUGUGUACGAGCAGCAGUGUCUGCAGCGGCUCAUGAGUGACAUAUUGCGGCCCUUCGUGCCCGGGUAUCAUGGCAUGACCCAGAGAGACGGGCAGGACUACAACCUCAUGGACGACUUGCUGUCUUAUUUUGACACACCCUGCAUAAUGGACUGCAAAAUGGGAAGCCGGACCUAUUUGGAGGAGGAACUAAAGAAAGCACGGAAGCGUCCUCAGCCUCGUAAAGACAUGUAUGAGAAAAUGGUAGCAGUGGACCCUAUGGCUCCGACUCCAGAGGAAAAUGUUCAGCAAGCGGUACUGAAAACCAGAUACAUGCAAUGGAGAGAAACGCUCAGCUCCACGGCUACACUGGGCUUCCGCAUCGAGGGCAUCAAGAAAUCUGACGGAACAUGCAACACUAAUUUUAAAAGGACAAAGUGUAAGGAGGAGGUGAUGCAGGCUCUAAAGGAUUUUGUUGACAGUGAUGUCCCACUGCUGAGAAAUUAUCAACAGAGAUUAAAAGAGCUGCGCCUGGUUCUUGAGAAAUCGGAGUUCUUCAGAACACAUGAGGUGGUGGGAAGCUCACUGCUGUUUGUUCAUGACCGGAGCGGCCGUGCUGGUGUGUGGAUGAUUGAUUUUGGGAAGACCAUGCCCGUGCCUCCUCCUCUCACACUGGAUCACCGCAGCCCGUGGGUGGAGGGGAACCGAGAAGACGGCUACCUUUGGGGCCUGGACAAUUUUAUUGAUAUUUUAACUGACUUGAUCUCUGGGCAGCGAGAAUGAAUAUGUUUCAUCUCUCUGAAGCAAACGUCUGUAAAUGUACCAGUGUAUAUAGAUUUUUAUUUAAUUUUAUUUUUUUAAUAUGGUGUAGUUUAUAUUUUGUGGGUCGACAUUAAGCGGGAACCAGUAACGUCUUUUUAGUGUCUGAUUAACGAAUUUGUACUGUAGGUUCCAGUUUUUCCAGUGUUGUUACUUUAAAAGAAAUGAUUUAACCUUAAAAUCUACUUGUAGAUCUGUUAGACAUUUUAGCGUUCGUUUGCAACCAAAGUCAGUCAGGUGCUUGUUAAACUGGUACAUUAAUUUGUGAAAAGAGAGAUUUAAUUUAGAAUAUUGGGAGUGAUGUUUGUGUAUUCAGUCUCCUAACAGUUUUAAGCUCGCAUCUUGGACAUUGACCUAUGCUGUACUACACAUUCCUAAGUGAUUUUCUUUGCAAGAAAUGUGUGUGGAUGCGUCACCAGGACCAGAAAAUUGUAUAUACGGCAAAAUCUGGAUAGAUAACUCUGGGUGAUUUUGCAAUUUUGGGAACUAGGAUUAUGCUAUAAACGAAUAUAUAGUCCAUGUGUUUGUGCCUUGUUUCUUACUGUGGACUUGAUGAUAAUUCUGUGAUUUAGAGUUUUGUGAUUGCGCUGCUGUUCUAGUUUCUGAUAUCACUCCGGAUUUCUGUGCUGUAAUUUUGACAGUGUUGAUUUUUAUCGUCAACACAAUAAACAUUAACUGGUGUUCGUAUAA